AACACGAUCUGGGACUGCACAGACUCCUUUUCCAUGCAGAGCAUCACAUGAAAAGUUCCUGUGGAAUAUUAUUUCUUAAUUGCAGCAACUAAUUGGACCACCGCCGGUAUCAGUUCCUUCAACACUGGAAUUACCUGGGAGUUUACGGAGUGACUUCGACAAAAGACUUCUGGAUUCCUGAAAUUUUUAUUCAUCUUAUGAUGCCACGAGUUCUCACAAUGAAUAUCACAGAUUUAAACCGUGAGUGCCUUUUACAUUUAUUCUCAUUCCUGGAUAAAGAUAGCAGGAAAUGCCUUUCACAAACCUGCCAGGAUGUUUUCCAGGAACCAUGUCUCUGGACCUUUUUGAAUUUUAGCUCUCCUUCAGAACUUAGAAAAAAGAACUACAUUCUGGGACCAGCUUUGAAAUCACUGUCAAUUUGCUGGUAUUCAAGCAGAGUGAAAAUCUGUAACAUUGAGGACUGGGUGAAAACUACUCUGCAAAAGUCCAUGUGCAGGCCCCAUCUGAACACAGUGAGCGACUUCCUUCAAGAGGUUUGUAAAAGAUGCCCAAACCUGCAGACACUGACUCUCUCUGGUUGUGCCCACAUCGGUGAUGAAAAUCUCAUCCAAGUCUUGAAACACUGUCCUCACCUUCAAAGUCUAAAGCUGGAAAAUUGCUCUGGAGUGACAGACAGGACACUGGCAAAGGUUCUCCUUCUUUCUAGAAGACUUCAAACCCUUCAUGUCAAUUUCUGCCGAAAUAUAACACAGAAGGGCCUCUCCCUGAUGCAGCAGGGGUGUCCAGGGAUUAUACUGCAGGCAGACAGGAGUGCAGAUAUGAUUGCUGACAGAACACCUGAUGAUAUCAUAUCUCUUCCGCGAACAUCAAGAAAAAUUAUACUGAGAUAAGACUUGGUCACAUGCUUUCUGUUCCAACUACUGUCCAAAGUCUUUCACAUAUAGAUUGUUUUGUAUGGCUCUAAUAUUGCAUCAUCUGUAAAACCACCACAAUACCUGUACACUUUGGCGUGCCACUGAAAGAACUUGGGGUCAGGGCCGGUGCAAGGAUUUUUGCCAACACAAGCAAAGCUACAUUUUGGCCCUGGCCCCAUGUCACAGACUACAGACAUUGUCUCUCCCCCCCCCCCCUCCAUUUAUGAUUGUUGUUUGUGCAAUAAUUUUUUAAAACACAUUUAAGCCGUGCACUCUGGCGCUAGUGCGCUCAUCAGUGAUCACCCACCUGUCCUGCUGCUAUGGCAAUCUGGCUGUGUGAGUCAGACUCACAGACACAGUCAGCUCCAGUCCCUGCUGCCGCCCGCCGCUGCGCCACUUGCCAGUCACACCCCCUGGCCUGACCCAGUUAGGCUACUUUCACACUAGCGUUCGAUCGGAUCCGUUCUGAACGGAUCCGAUCAUUAUAAUGCAGACGGAGGCUCCGUUCAGAACGGAUCCGUCUGCAUUAUUUUGGCAUAUAAAAGCUAAG